CACCAAUCUCUCCACCACAGCCCCUCCUACCCCAUUCCCCAAAAGACAAUUUUUUUGAAAGAGGGAAAAGGCUAGAACAAGGAUGGAGCUUAAUGCGGAGCGGGUGUGGCCAAAGGGGGCAUCUCCAUCUUGAUUGGCUGCCCCUCUAAGAAAGAAAGCAAAAUCCCGCCCCCGAGGUACUCCCCCUCCCCUUUUGUGACUCGGGAUUGGUGAAAAGUACAAGAAGGAGUGCCCGAGGGGUGACUCAGCCUAAGCCCUGAGCUGGACCAUCUAUUUAAAGGGGGGACAACGCCCUAAGUUACCAGCUCGGAGUUGGACGCUCUCCUUCGGGAUCCCGUUGCAGCCGCAUUGCUCAUCCUUCGUCAUGGCCAGCGAAAUACUUGCCUCUAACUUGAACCUCAAGCCUGGAGUCUGUGUGAGAAUAGUGGGAGAUGUUCUGCCUGAUGCCAAGAGCUUUAGACUGAACCUGGGCAAAGACCACGAAAACCUCGCCUUGCAUUUCAACCCACGUUUUGACUGCUUUGAUGAUACCAACGUCAUCGUCUGCAACUCCAGGCAGGAAGGCUCAUGGGGCGCAGAACAAAGGGAGACCAGUUUCCCUUUUUUGCCAGGGAGCCAAGUAGAGGUUUGCUUCGCCUUUGAAGGGAGUCAUUUUACAGUGAGGCUGCCUGAUGGCUCCGAGUUCAAGUUCCCAAAUCGCCUUAACUUAGACACUAUCAACUUCCUGGAAGCCAAUGGUGACUUUAAGCUAAGAUCAGUGAAUUUUGAUUGAGCCCUCCAAUCAAGCCAACUUCACACCAUUCUUGAUCUUUGGGCCUCUCCUAUUACUAAUAAAAGUAAUGAUGAUGAUAACAA